CGGCCCCUUUAUUAUUCAUCAGAUACUAUUCUUCAAAAGGACCUGUCAAUCGAUUCAUCAUGUCUAAUCAAUCUUCCCACGAUGUCUUUGAAGCUGCAGCCUCGGGUGAUUUGGAGAUGAUCAAGGGUCUAGGGCGGAUCCAUCUCGAAGCCAAGAAUGACCGUGGUUGGACUCCAGUAGCUAUCGUUUCCGUCCUUCAUCUUUCCUCCUUCUUCCUUUCUCCCUCUUUCCUCUUUCCUCUUUCAUCCUUCCUCCUUCAUUCUUCUUUCUCCUUCUAUUGACAAAGCUUUUGCCUUUGCCUUUGCCUUUGCCUUUGCGUUUUUCUUUCUAAUCAAUUGGCUCAUGUUCGCAGCGCGCUACGGACAUGUAAGUGUAGUCGAGUACUUGUUGGCUACAGCCAAGGUGGAUGCAGAAACCGAGAACAAGGAUGGCAAGACAGCAGCCGAAUUGGCCGAGUUCUGGGGAUCGACUGAUUGUGCCGCAGUGUUUGAUCGAUUGGCACCCAAUAAGAAGAAAGUUCAACACAGUACUGGAUCUCCUUUUGCUUCAUCCAAUACUAACAAUAACAACAACAACAAUAACAACAACAGUGCCAUGGCGGCAGGAGCAGGUCUUGUGUCGUCGACAGGCAACAGCAACAACACAAACACUAAUACUGAGAAUGGUAGUAUGGCAGAUUGGUGGAAGAGAAGAACAGUUUUAGAAAAUAAGCCGUUGCAUUUUACAGGAUCUACUCAUAACAGGCUGAGUUUUCUUAGAACAGACAAAGAAUAUCUUGAAGAAUCUGUGAAGGCGCCCUCGACACGAUUUUUGAUCCUGGCAGAUCAUGGAGUCAUGUUCAAGUCCAGUACAAAACAUCUUGCAUUUGCACAAUACGAGGAUGUCCAGCAUUUGAUUGGAUCUGAUCCUUUAAAUAACCUGCCUGAGGGACUUGUGCUUGUCUUCCUGGGAGCUGAUGAGACGAACGCAACAUCGGACAACGAAGUUUUGGUUAGGGGUCGUCGUGGCAUUGGCUAUUGGGCAUUGGAUAUGUCUGCGAAGGGUCCACGAGUUACAGCAGAGUUGAAGGACGCUGUUGAGAAAUUCAUCAAUACAUACACUGAAAAACAUGGUCACUACAUGGCAGAAAUGCGACCUGCUGCGUUUGGAUUAUCGUUUGCAGAGAGUGGGUUGGUAGCUCAGGCCAGAGCUGUGAUCGAUUGGAAUAAGCGGAAUCAAUUCUGUACAGGCUGUGGGCGGAGGAAUCUGUCACUCGAUGGUGGUCAUAAGCGGACAUGUCCGCCAAUGAUCCAAGAGAACGGCCAAGAAGUACCUUCAGAUUGUUUGGCACAUAAGGGCAUUCAAAACUUUACUUAUCCUCGUACAGAUCCCGUGGUGAUUGUAUGUGUCAUCUCACCGGAUGGUGAACGUGUCAUGCUUGGUCGCCAAGCUGUGUGGCCCAAGGGUAUGUACUCUUGUCUCGCGGGAUUUGUGGAGCCAGGGGAGUCUCUUGAAGAGGCUGCGAGACGUGAAGUGAAGGAAGAGUCGGGUAUUCGCCUAGGUCAUGUCAUGUACCACUCAUCUCAGCCUUGGCCCUUCCCCAACUCACUUAUGAUCGGCUGUCAUGCUGAGGCCCUGAACGAAGAUACAAAUGUGACUUUGGAGGAUAAGGAGCUGGAGGAUGCUAGGUGGUUCACGAGAGCUCAGAUCCUUGAAGCCCUCAAGGGCUCGAGGACUGCGGUCUGGGGCAAGCCAUCAGAAAAUGAUAGUCUUCGGCUGCCUCCUGCUACUGCCAUCGCACACCACAUCCUGAAGGCAUGGGCUACAGAAGAAGGAGAGAUCCCACACUCGAGGAUGUAAUUUAAUUGAACAAAAAAUAAAGUUUGAAAAAAGUGAUCGGUCUUUGCGAAUAUCAAAGCUUUCAUACCCG